GUUUCUUAGGGCCCUUCCAAAGUGAAAUAUCCAUUUCUCAUGGCGCUUUCAGUUCUGCAUAGAGAGUUAUCCGUUUCUUAGGCCACUAAAUUUUUGUUUUUGGUUUCCGGUGUAGCUCGUUUCGCUGUGCCCUUCUCAGUGUUCUGAGCGUUGCAGCUAUUUCAAGUGUAGUACGAUUUUCAAAAAUUCCACUUUGGAUGCGCCCUACUCCUUUCUCGCAGCCCUUCCUCUUGCUAAGGCUAGAUUCCUACGCCGCGUAAUACAACCUAACAGGAGGCUAUUUACGGGAUUUAUCGUUACACAUCAGCAAGAAUCCGCCAGCUUGUCAAAUACCAUGCCGUGAACAUCUGACACGAGGUGAGCUGACACGGCGUAGGAAUUUAUAAAUCGCAAUCGUUACUUCCUGAGACUACCUGGUCCGUUUCUGCGUGUGGGUUCCCUUGGACGUCCCGCACCAGCUACGCGAAGCAUCGCCCUCUUUCAGCAAACCUUAUAAAGUCCGACUCGCCCCGAACUAGAGCCGUGCAGUGGAGCUCAGAGCAGUGCGACAGGAGCUGUCGCACCUUGGCAGCAGCGUCGAGCUGACGAAGCUUCCAGGACCCUCCGCAAUGAGCGGCGGGCAAGGCGCGGACGCCGGGGAGGCCGUGCUCCUCCUGGCUCUCCCGCACGUGCGGCUCUUCAACGACCUCGUGGCCUUACAGCGCGUAUCGCGCUCCCUCCAUAACGCGAUUCGCGACUCGCCCUGCUUCUGGCUGCGAUUCCACCACCUCCACGUGCAGCCCUUCCCUAUCAGCCGCCGCCACGUGUCCUCUUCUCUCAGCGACACGUGUCCUCUCUCCCCAGGAACCACCAGUGGCAUCCGACCGACCGAACCGGGGGAUGCUGACUUUCAGCAGCAGGCAGUCGCGACCUUGCCUCGUUAUAAGCUGGUGGAAGGUGCUCUUAAGGUGUACGCGCGCAGGUCACAGGGGCAGCUGAGGGAGGUGGUACUGGACGGGGAGGACGUGCGCGGCGAUGUGAUUAUAACGGUGUUGGCGAGCUGCACGCAGCUCGAGAAGCUGUCUGUGAGGAUGUGCACGCAUAUAAGCUCAUCUCACAUAAUCACACUCCUACAAUCACGGUGGGGCUGGGGCCCCCAGGCACCGUCAGCCGCACCAGCAGCAGCGCCAGCAGCAGCACCGGCAGCACCAGCAUCAGCAGCACCGUCAGCUGCCCUGUCAGCAGCAGCACCAGCACCCACAGAUGCCUUUCUUGGGUUGCCUCAAGUAUCCACAGACCCGACUUCUCGUCCCCGUCUGUGGCAGGUUCGCAUGGCGGGCAUUGACUGCCCUUCCAACGACUUCCUCUUUAUUUCCGACAUGCUCAAACGCGCCGCCUCCAAUCCUGCACUCAAUGAUACCACCGCUUCCUUGCCAAUGGGCUCCUCCUUUCCUCGAAGCACCGCGCUCAUCAGCACCUGCUCGCAGGUUCUUGCAGAUCCUCUGCUUUACAAAACAGGCCUUGCUGAGGGAAAAGGGGGUCCUGCAUGUGAUUAUAGCGAAGGGUUGUCCUUUGCCCCUGGGGAUGGAGCCUCGGUUCGAAGUUCCGCGUCUGAAGGUCUGGUUCGGGCAGAGCGAUCCAGAAAUUCGAAGUCGUUUCCGGGCAGGAGGCUGCAGAUUGUUUCGACCUGCCCGUCUGUUCUGGACGUCGAUUUCUGCCCGCGGUGCGCUAACAUCCGGGCAGUUUUAGACUGCCCGACAAGCCUGCAGUGGCGGCAGCACCUGGAACAAGUGGCUGAAGUUUCAACCUCCCUCAAACUGCAAGCAACGGCACGCUCACUUCUCAAGCAGCAGGCGUGUCGUGGCUGCAUGCGCUGCAUCCCGCGCUGCAUUUUCUGCGGCUCCUGCACCAAGCACACGUGCGUGCCGCUGGGUCAGAUCCAAGGUUCGGCCAUAUCAAGUGACACUAACAUGCAGGAAAUCUCCACAACAAGCUUUACUGUUGCCAACAGCGCGCUUGCCGGUGAUGAGGAUAAUGUGCUGGACAUUGGCCAGAGGGAGACAGUGGAUCUGGCGUCUACGGGGUGGGUGAUGUGUGGGUGCACACUGUGUUCCAAGGAGCAGUGCUCAUCUCGCAUGCUCACAUGUGUGGGGUGCAACUGGCGCUGCUGCCCAUGGCACAUUGACAAGUAUGCUGAGAUUGCGGUGUCCAGUACUAGCUUUGUCUGCGAGAUCUGCUCGCAUCAAGAUCGAGAUCCCAUCUAUGAUGUGUAGAGCCCCUAGAUUAGAUUGUUGUCUGAUAAACUUUUGUGAAACGUGUUUUUUUUAAUCAAGAAUCCAUAUGUUU